AUGUGGGUGUUCUAUAUGUUCUCAUUGCCCGUGGCUAUUGGCAUGGUCAUUGUUACUUUGAGUUAUUUCUCUGGGCCUGAUGUACCCAGAUAUGUGUUCUUCACCGUUGCAUACACCUGGUUCUGCUCUGUCUCCAUCAUCAUCCUCGUCCCUGCAGACAUUUGGACGGCACUAAAUAAUUAUGAGAGUGGAGCAAUUUCCUUCUUAUGGAGUUUGUCAUAUUGGAGUACCUUCUUACUUACAUGGGCUGUGGUUCCCACUAUUCAGGGUUAUGAAGAUGCUGGAGACUUCACAGUGAAAGAAAGAUUGAGGACCAGCUUACACGGCAACCUUGUUUUCUAUCUGUCUGUCGGUUCUGUAGCACUAUUUGGAGUCAUCUUACUAAUUUCUUUACACAAAAAUUAUUGGAGUGGCAAUAUUUCGGGUUUUGCCAUGGCUUGCUCCAAUACGUUUGGACUGGUUACCGGUGCAUUUCUACUUGGGUUUGGUUUGAGUGAAAUUCCAAAGGGCAUUUGGUUGAAUGCAGAUUGGAACAUUGAGCAAAAAGUUCUUUCACAUAAAGUUGCAAAAAUGGCAGUCAAAUUAGAUGAUGCUCAUCGUAAUUUUUCAAAUGCUAUUGUUAUCACACAGGCAACAUCAAAGCAAAUGUCCAAGCGGGAUUCUUUGAGACCCUACAUGAAUAUAAUUGACAGAAUGUUGCUUCAGAUGUUGAAGGAAGACCCCUCCUUCAAACCACAGGGUGGAAGACUCGGAGAAAGUGACAUGGAUUAUGACAGAGAUGAAAAAUCUAUGGCAUCACUGAGACGUCGUCUUAAGAGAGCUCGUGAACAAUACUACCGAUAUAGAAGUGAAUACACAAAAUUUGUCUUAGAAGCCCUUGAGCUGGAGGAUACCAUAAAGAAUUAUGAGCGUCGUGAUAUUACAGGAUGGAAAUAUACUUCAUGCUUUAGGCCUGAACGCAUAGGCAAAGUAGGUGCAUUUUUGGAAACAUGUGAGUUUCUAUGGAAAUGCAUAUUAUGGAAACAUGUUGAGAAAUCAUUGGCUGUUAUAUUGGGCGUCAUGUCAUUUGCAAUUCUAUUAGCAGAGGCUACCAUACUGACCAGUGGAGUUGAUUUAUCCCUUUUCUCUAUCCUAGUACACGCUGCUGGACAGCAAGAAGUGCUUGUGCAGCUUGCUGCUUUCAUCCCCUUGAUGUAUAUGUGUAUUUGUACAUAUUAUUCCUUGUUUAAAAUGGGAUCGAUGAUGUUUUACUCACUCACUCCAAAACAAACAAGCUCAGUAAGCUUGCUUAUGAUAUGCUCGAUGAUUGCAAGAUAUGCUCCACCCAUCUCCUACAACUUUCUCAAUCUCAUAAAUAUUGGAGGGAAUAGAAAAACCGUCUUUGAGAAAAAAAUGGGAAGAAUCAAUGACGCCGUUCCCUUUUUCGGGAAAGGAUUCAACAAAAUUUACCCCCUAAUCAUGGUUAUAUAUACUUCACUAAUAGCAGCAAAUAUUUUUGACCGGGUCAUAAAGUAUUGUGGGAAUCUGAAAAUAUUUAAGUUCAAUGAUGAUGCAGAAGAUAUGGAUGGAUUUGACCCAUCUGGGGUAAUACUCUUGCAGAGAGAACGUUCUCUACUCCAGCAAGGGCACAAAGUUGGUGAACUUGUUUUCCCUCUGGCAAGAAGUUUCAGCAUAACUAUGGAUGUUGAGUCAUCCAGCAAGGCCACGGAUGAGAGUGACACUACCAACAUUCUAGGAGAGGAAAGUGAAGACUAUGAGAGGAGUAGAAAAUUUGGCAACAGAAAAUAUGCAGCUUUGAGGACAAAUCUCAACGAGGAAGUGUCUAGAAAAGAUUUGACCCAAGAGGGAGUUUCUUCCUCAUUUACAAGUGAUGGUAAUGAUUCUCAGAGCACAAGUUCAGCACCAUCAUCAUCAUCAUCAUCAUCGGUGUUAGCCUCAAGAUGGGAAUCAAUGAUGCAUGGAUUUAAAAGUUUGAGAUCUAACAUUGACUCCAAGAUAUUUAUCCCUAUAUCUAAUGCUCCCGAGUCAAUUCUAAACUCAAAAUCUUCAUCUGAUUCCCUUGAUGAGAUAUUUGAGAGAUUGAAACAUCCUCCUCCUGAAUACAGGGAUUCUCAUGACUGAAAUGAUCAUGCUGGACUUCAGGGAAUUGCCAUUUGCAAGAUAAAAUCUGUAUCUCUUAUAUAGGGACAAUUAGUAAGCAAUGUUUCUCCUCUGAUGGAAAUGUGCCCAGAUGAUACUCUUAGCAUGUAACAGUAACUCUUCAUAACAUCACAUUUUUCACGAA